AUGGACUUCACCACUACCGCGUUCCCCAUCUCGGUUUCUUGGAUAACCCACAACAUCGCUCUCGCCGCUCUUUCCCUUACUUUGGUUUACGCUGUCUCACGCGCUACAUACAACCUCUUCCUUUCGCCCCUCAGCUCGAUACCCGGCCCUUGGUUCGCCGCCGUCUCUAACUUUUGGAUCACAACACACGUCUUGCGCCUCCAACAAUGCAAAACCAAUCACCGCCUUUUUGAGAAGUAUGGCCCUGUCGUUCGAAUCGGUCCAAACAAGUCCACUAAAUUUGACAAGAGUACCUUCUACAAGAGUCUUUUGACUAACGAGAACGAUCACGCUAUGACAACUCUGGACCAUGCCGGACAUGUGACCCGACGAAAGGGCUAUGCUCCUCACUACAUUCCUCUUAACCUCGCUCUUUUUCAGCCCGAGGCCCAUGAUUACACCCUCGAGCUUGUUUCGGCUCUAGAGCACGUCGGAGGCAAACAUUCUCUGGAUUGUCUUGCAUUGUUCCGCCAUUAUAUGGUCGAUAUCAUUAUUGCAUCUUCCCAUGGCUACCGACAAGGUGCUCUUAGUAAAUGGAUUGCGGGUGUGGAAGAUUCCAUGGCCACCGCAAUCGCCGAUUUCCCAAAGCGAGGCAUUAUCAGAAGCGCGGUUCCGACUUGGGUAUGGGAUUUGAUCUGCCGUAUCCCCAACAACCGGUGGCGCCAGAUGUGCGAUUCUGAUAUGAUCAUGGGCGAGUUCGUUGGUGCACGCGUGUAUGAGAUGCGAGCACAGUUGAACGCAGGAAAACUUGGCGAAUCUGAGAAGAUUCCAAUGCUGCGACGCCUUCUCCAGUACAGGUAUUCUCCUGAACAAGCUAUGCCCGACCAUGAUAUCAUCUCAGAAAUGAUGGGACACAUGAUCGCAGGGUCUGAUACCACAUCAAACUCGUUGUCCUACUUCUUUUGGGAACUCAGCCGCAGGCAAGAUAUUAUGACGAAGCUGCAGGCCGAACUGGACCAAGCGAUGCCUGAUCCGCGUGCUAUUCCUGAUAUCGCUCUCUUGCAGAAGCUUCCUUACUUGAACGCUUUCGUGAAAGAAGGUCUACGGCUGUACAGCGCCGCGCCAAGUCCUCUCGAACGCACGGUUCCGUCUUCGACAUCCAAGAAUGGCGCUAUUAAUGAAGCUUUCGAUCUUAUGGGUUACGCACUUCCUCCUGGCACCGUCGUUGCCACCCAAGGCUGGUCUAUGCACCGCGAUGCGUCCGUCUUCCCUUCUCCAAAGACAUUCCUUCCUGAACGCUGGCUCGAAAGACCUGGAAACGCUGAACAUCUUUUCAAAAUGGCGCAAUAUCUUAUGCCAUUCGGAACUGGUUCGCGUGUCUGCGGAGGACAGAACUUGGCGCAGAUGAUGUUGCGGAUCUCGGUGGCCACUGUAGCGAGGAACUUUGAUGUUGUGGCUCCUCCUGAGACCAACGAGCGAAGCAUGGAAAUCAAGGACUCCUUUGUUAUCUUCCCUGCUUCGAUGGAAUGCAAACUCAUAUUCGUCCCACGGGCUCAGUGA